UUAUUAUGUACCAAACCAACAAAAGCCUUUCAAAAAGGGAGAGAAAAAUUUAUGGCCGGAGUAAUGGCCAGGGUUCCGAUGAGCCACCGCAUCUUUACUUCUUACAACAACCGGGAAAAUGUAUUUCAAGGUGAACUAGCGUUGAGCAUGUCUGAUACAGUAUUUGGGUUUCUUCACGAAGAAGGUGAAGGAUCGCCGGAGAACAUUACUUGCCACGAAAAUGAAGGCCAGCUUGAUGAAGACGAUGAUGUGGAAAACUCCGGCAGGAUGGUUGAAGAUAACAAGAAAUUUUGGGAAGAUCAACACAACCUUUUACAGGCUACCUUGUAUAGAACAAGUUCCGUGGAAUCAAAGAUCAGAAACUGCACAAAAGAAGCAUUGAGUGACGCUAAAGUCUCCGGAAAUUUAUGUAAUUGCCAAAAUCCGGUGAUCGGUGGCUGUCGAAGUUGCCUUAUGAAACAAGUUAGUGGCUGUCUUCAAAACGCUGGCUUCGAUUCAGCAAUUUGCAAGUCCAAGUGGAAAAACUUACCCGAUAUGCCAUCAGGGGAACACACGUUUGUAGAUGUACUGGAUACAGAUCAAAAGAAAGGCCAGGUGAGGGUAAUCGUGGAAUUGAAUUUUCGCGGUGAAUUUGAGAUGGCUAAAGCAAGUGAAGAAUACAACAAGCUAGUGAGUAAGCUUCCAGAAGUGUUUGUGGGAAAAGUUGAGAGACUAAUGAGCUUGACCACAAUAUUAUGUUCGGCUGCUAAGAAAUGCAUGAGGGACAGGAAAAUGCACCUGGGACCAUGGAGAAAAACCAGGUACAUGCAAGCUAAGUGGCUCAGGGUCACGGAACGGAGAACCACCGUUCCGCGGCUGAUGUCCACCACCGUGUUGGCGAGCCGGCCGCAGCGGCCAAAGGCGUCUAUGCUUACGGUGGAUUUGCUAGAGAAGUUGCCGAGUGUGCAGUGUGCUGCAGUUAAGGUUGUUUGAUUAAGUUGUUCAUGUGUACAGAAGUAUAUGAUGUACUGGGAGAGUAUCAGAGAGUUUCUAACUAGGAAUCUCUGGACUUUAAAAGUUUAGCGAUAUUAAAUUAUUUAUAAGUUUAUUACUCCUUACUAUUGAAACCUGAUGGAUAUUAAUAACAUUUUACUUUUUAA